AUGGCCACGCGCAUCGUCCAUGUAGGCCUCAUUGGCUGCGGCGAGGUCGCCCAGGUCAUCCACAUCCCCAACCUACUCCAUAUGAACAGCUUCUUCCGCAUCACGCACCUCUGCGAUGUCUCGCCCUCCUCGCUCUCCCACUGCGCGACCAAGAUCCCCAACCCUGACCUCAAGACCACCGCCUCCGCUGACGACCUCUGCGCGGACCCGGAGGUGGAGGUGGUCAUGGUCGUCAACUCGGACGAGUACCACGCGGAGCAUGUCGUCCUCGCGCUGGCGCACGACAAGCACGUCCUCAUCGAGAAGCCCGUCGCGCUCACGAGACGCGACGUCCAAAAGGUGCUCGAUGCAGAGAAGAAGAGCAAGGGCCGCGUCAUGGUCGGCUACAUGCGUCGCUACGCCAUGGUCUUUGAGGACGCGGUCGAGGAGAUUGGCGGCAUGGACCGGAUCGACUACGCGCGGGUGCGGGACAUUAUUGGCUCCAAUUCCUUCUUUGUGGAUCAGUCUGGCACUUUUCCCAUCAAACCCAGCGACUUCUCUGCUGAGGAUACGCAGGGGAGGACACAGCGUGCUGAGGAGCAGGUGAAGACCGCCAUGGCCGAGGUGGGCGGCGGAGUACCUGUGAACGACGAGACGACCCGGAUGUGGAGGCUGCUGGGUGGUCUGGGCUCGCACGACCUGUCGCUCAUGAGGGAGGCGAUCGGGAUGCCGGACAGGGUGGUGGGCUCGUCGCUCGGGACGCCCUUUUGGAACGCGCUACUGAAAUACCCAACCUUUACUGUCUCCUACGAGUCGGGCAUCGACAACAUCCCGCGAUUCGAUGCCCACAUUGAGAUCUACAGCGCGAGCAAAUCCGUCCGGGUGCAGUACGACACGCCGUAUGUCAAGGGGCUGCCCAUCACGAUGCACGUCAGCGAGAACGCCAAUGGCGCGUACAAGGAGACGACAAUCCGCAAGACGUAUGAGGACCCCUACACCAUCGAGUUGAGGAAGUUGUACGGCAUGGUGGUCCGAGGGGACAGCGUCAAGACGACGGUGGCCGACGCGAUGGAUGAUCUGGUGCUGUUCGGCAUGAUCAUGCGACAUCACUACGGGACGUCCUGA